AUGAACUGGCAUUAUCGUUUCUAUGAGCACACAGAAGCAGGCAACCGCGCAUCACUGGAGAUGCUGGCUCGGUACGGGGGCUAUGUUCAGCUUUCGACCAUAGUCCCCAUCGUAAUGAUAUUGGCGGCCAGAGCGGCAUUGCAGUUAUGGGAAGCGUUGUCAUCCAAAAUUCGACAUACGUCCUAUGAAAAUGUUGUAUGCUCAGAGGAGAUAAAAGUCGAAGAAAGAACCAGCGAUGCCAACAUGAACCCCUACUUCCCAAUAAUUCGGCGGUUGAAAUGGUGGUUCGGCCACGAACAAUCCAUAGCUGGCUGCAACUGUGGCACUCGUGGUCAACUUGUCGUUGGAGGCACUUCUGUUGCCUGGAUUCUAUGUUUGUGCUUUCUCGAAACAGGAGACAACUACAACCAUUUGACAAAGAGAUUCGCCAUGUUGGCCGUGGCUCUCUUCCCGGUGCAAUUCUCUUUAUCGAUGAGAUAUGCCAACCCAGUGGCUUUAGCUCUCGGAUCAUCGCAUGUGGAGCUAAAUCAAUGGCACGGCCUGCUUGGCUGCAUCAUUCAAGCCCUCCUCACAUGUCACGCAGCCCUAUACAUCAACAAAUAUAUUCAGCUGGGUGUCUUAUCAGAUGCAUUCCGUUUUCCCGUUGUUAUUACUGGUUUCGCAGGCUUUCUUGGCCUGAGCACGCUGAGUCUCUCAUCAACGGCUGUGGUACGCCGUUACUCACAUCGGCUUUUUUUUAUCACACAUGUUCUGUUGGCUUUUGCCCUUCCCGUACUGGUUUUCUUCCACGUAAACCCUGCGAGGAUAUAUAUGGCGCAAGCUCUAGGGAUUUUCCUUCUGGACAGAGGCCUGCGAAAAUGGCUGGCAUUCACUGCACAAGCAUCGCUCCACCUCGUUCCUGGUACCGACUUGAUCAGGAUUACAAUCACGGCCCCGUCGAAACUGGCUAGGUUGCUUCAGAGACAUCCAGGGUCUUAUGUCUACGUCGCCAUCCCGCCAGAAUCUCGCCCGGUCCCAAAUCAUCCAAUCGCCAUGCUCAACCUGGCUUUCAAAUUCAUCGAUAAUCCAUUCACGGUCGCCGCUGUCAACGAAGCGUCCUGCGAGCUAACUUUGAUCGUGCGAAAGCGCAAUGGCCCAAUGACGCGUCAUCUUGGCAGCCUAGCAGCUAACUGUUCAAGAGAAAGCAGUAGAUGUGGCGAAACAUUUCCUAUCCGCAUCGAAGGUCCCCACAGAACUGCAAGACAAUUCAAUAAUGUCCUUGUUCGAGGUGGUUUCGACCGCGUCUUGAUAUUCGCUGGUGGCAUAGGCGCAACCUUCACACUUCCCGUCUACCAGCACAUCUUACAGGAAAACCCUCAGGCACGCGUGGACAUGUUCUGGGCUUUACGAUGUGCUAGCGACGCUGCCUGGGCCACCACUGCUUCAGAGAUGCAAGAGAGCGUCCUAAAGGAUGAGCGGAUACACAUCUUCAUCACCAGGGAGCAACAGGCCAAGGAGGAGGAAGGAGAAGCACUAGAAGGUACAGCGAAUGCAGACUCUGUUUAUCAUUUGGAACCGGGAGUUGCAGAUACGUCUCGGCGCUGUCGCACCCGGCAGACAUUAUCAGGGGUCAGAUACACCCUUCAGCGCCCAAACCUAAAAAGUAUUGUGGAUGGUGCCUUUCAAGACCACCCGGAAGAUCGCGUAGCGAUUUUGGUAUGCGGUCCACUGGCACUGAAACGGGAGCUACGAGAACAAAUCGAUCCUUGGGUUAAACGUGGGCGGCAUGUAUGGUGGCAGUAUGAGACUUUUAGUUCGUGA